UUGAUUCAUCAUUGCCUCCCCACAAUAUCUGCUGUCGUUGUCGAACUGUAACCAAAAGCAAAAGAAGUCAUAAUUUCGCCCCAGGAAAGUUAUCGAUAUCAAUAUUAUUGCGUUUUUCGUGUUGAAAAUCCUGUACUACAUCAUCGAAUCCUCAUCAGUUAUCAAAUUAGUGCUGCGUCAAGUAGAUCGGUGGUCAAGUUGAUUGGCGAAAGCCGAACAUUGGAAGGAAAAUUGUUUUUUUCAACAACAAAGAUUUCACACAAGGGGAAAGAAAAGAAAAAUAAAUUGCCGAUUAUUUUGCUUUCUCUGCUAUCAUUCGGGCGGUGUUUGAGGUAGUGGGGGUGUGUAUUUCAACCAGCCGGAGGCAAGAAGGAAAAAAGUUGGUCGAGGUUUCGUCUGGAACAAUUCCUACGUGUGCUACGUUUCGGGGAGGAUCGUGUGUUUGUGUAAAUAAUUCCGGAAGUGAAUUCCUUAUCGAACGAUGGGAAUCCUUGGAUUCGACCAGUCCACACUGAUGGCUGAAAUAGAAAAAGCCACUAGUGAAAACAACUCGCAGGAAAAAUGGGGUCUGAUCAUGGAGGUCUGCGACAAGGUGACCAAUGGCACUGCUAGCCCAAAGGAAUGCCUUAAAGGCAUUGUCAAACGGUUAAAUCACAGUGACCCGCACGUAGUUAUGCAAGCAAUAACGCUUCUGGACGCUUGUGUGAGCAAUUGCGGAAAACAGUUCCACCUGGAGGUGGCCUCACGAGAUUUUGAAACCGAAUUCAAGAAACUGCUGCAGAAGAGUCAACAAAAAACCAGCACGGUGACCAUACCAACUAAGGUUAACACGCGACUGAAACUAUGUCUCAAAAAAUGGGCCGAAGCCGAGUUCAAAAGCGACCCACAGCUGAACUUGAUUCCCUCGCUGUAUCAAAAGUUGCGCUCCGAGGGACAUGAUUUCAGCGAUCCCUCGGUAACGCCGAAGCGGGAAAUCCCGCUGAGCAAAGAUCCGAACGUGGUCUCUAGUCAACAGGAGGAGGAAGACAUCGCGAAGGCGAUCGAGCUAUCCCUUAAGGAAAGUAAAAGCAGCACUCAGUCACCCAAAAUGGGAAGUGGGGGUGGAGCGGCUGCUAGUUCUUUGUAUCCCACAGCUCUUUUAUCAAGUGUACCGGCGGUGGAAUCGAGAAAAGUUCGUGCUCUUUAUGAUUUUGAAGCGGCUGAGGACAAUGAGCUGACGUUCCAGGCGGGUGAAAUAAUUAUGGUGUUGGAUGACAGUGAUCCGAAUUGGUGGAAGGGUCAAAAUCAACGGGGUGAAGGACUUUUCCCAUCUAACUUUGUUACAUCCGAUCUGAGCGCUGAACCGGAAGACAGCGCGUCGUCAUCUGGUGGAAAAAGUAAAAAGAAUGUACAAUUUUCGGACGAUCACAAGAAGGAUGAUGAGAAGGCUGCCGACGAAGCACAGGUCGCUGAGAUUAAUGAGGAGAAGAUAGAUCGAUUGCUUCAUCUUUUGCACGAGGCUGAUCCUGAGGAUCCAUCGACUGAUACCGACGAAAUGUUGCAGCUAGAACAGCUAGUCAAUCAAAUGGGUCCCUUGAUUGAUACCGAGUUGGAACGGGUUGAUAGGAAGCAUGCUCAGCUAACACAAUUGAGUGGUGAUUUGGUUGACGCUAUCAAUUUGUAUCACACGCUUAUGCGGGAACCGGAUCGCUCGAUGAUGGCCGGACCAUCUGGAUAUGGGAUGCAAGGAUUUCCGCCACAGCCACACAUGCCAGGAAUGUACAAUAUGCCGGGGAUGUUCAACCAAAAUAUUCCGGGAAUGUAUGCUAACAUGGAUGGAAUGCCAGGAUCGCUGCCACCGUAUGGAAUGCCACAGCUGCGACAUGAUAUGGGUCAAAUGAGUGUCAGCUCGAUUCCACAAUUUCCUCCUCCUCAGCAAGCGGUACCAUCUUUGUCACAGAGCGGUGCAUUCAGCUUACCACCGCAUCAAAUUCCUAUGAAUGCACCAGGUGGUGCGGCUGGAACACAUGUUCUAGGUCCACAGAUUGCAGCGCAGCCACCCAUGCAUCCCCAAAUGCAUCCACCUCAACCAUCGACAACCCAACACCAAUCACAGCAGCCAUCUCAAACUAUGCCAAAUAUGCCAAUUCCGUCGCAGCUUACUGGCCCUGGUCAUCCGCAUCAGCAUCCACAUCCACCAAGUGCAGCACCACACGCUUUGAUGGCUAUGGGCCAUAUGCAAUCUCCAUUACAACAGAAUUUCCCGAAUCCAACGUCACCUCCUCCAGUCGUUAGUUCGGCACCGUCAUCUUUGCCCCAUCAACAUCAACAACAGCAACCACCAUCAUCUGCUGCUGCACCGACACAUUCACAAUCUCAGCAACAACAAGCACCUCAGCCUAUUCCUCAAGCCCCGGCUGGAAGUUUUCCAAAUUAUGCUCCUCCCCAACAAGGCCCACCAAAUAAUCAUACAACGUCACAGCAUCAACAAACGGCGACAGCUCCACCACCCAAUAGUAUGAACCAUCAUCAUGCUCAAAUGCCACUUCCGCCAUUUCAAGGUUCACCUCUACCACCGUACUUGCAAAUGCCAUCCGGCGUUGGUCCCGUUGGCGGGGUUUUCCCACCAAUCAGCACCGCCCAUCACCAUCAUCACAUGCUUGGAAUGAUGCCCCCCGGAGGUCCACUUUCGAUCAAUACCGCCGGCAAUUCGCCGCAGAACAUUCCAAUAUACCAACAGCAACGGUAAACAUUCUUCUUACUUGUGAUUCUUGUGACCAACUUCAAUUUCUUACAUAUUACACACCCUUUUGUUAUCUCGCAAUUGCGCCACAAACUGUAAAAAGCCACGUCUCCUUCUAAAAUCGCCCAGUAGGUAUGCGAGACAAUUGCGAGAUCUACGUUGAGUUUUAACCGCUAGUUUUCCGCUUCCUCGAAGCAGCAUAGAAUAUUUGUUCAAAUUUUGUCUAUCUUUCGGUGCACCGAUCAAGAAGAAGAAGAUCAAGAAUGCCCGAUCAAGAGGCCGCAGAGCGUCCACUUGGCAGGAAGCGAUCUAGCCCGCACUUAUAAAGCUGACCAGGCGCUGUUGUUGUCGGUUGGGAUGCACACGGGAUAGAGCUCCUAAUAUUUUUCAAUGCAUGCAUGCAAACCGGUGGAGCAGAAAUGUGUGCGCGAAAUCAAAAAUGAAAUUCAAGCGCGCAUCGCGAGAAGAUGCAAAAAAAAUGCAUGAAAAGGAUGGAAUGAGAAUAAAUAUGAACAUAAAACAUUAUUAUAAUUAUGUAUUUAUAACUUAGAUGCAACCACUUUGAGACAAACAGCCUAUCGCUCAGUCUAAAUGGACGGGGCAGAGAUUGUGUAAUAUAUUGAAACAGAAACAUGCAACGGUAAAUAAAGUUGAUUCGAUAAAGGGCAA